UGAGCUCCUUCUCAUAGGAGAUCUCCUCCUUGAGGAGCCGGGUGACCGAGAGGGUCGCGACGGUGAGUUGAGAAGGGGGCGGCAUGGUAUUGUUGUUGUUGUUGUUAUGUGUGUUCUUUUUGGGUUUCCCUUCAAGUUUUGGUGGGGUCUGGGAUUUUUUUUGUGAUGAUGAUGGUGUUCUUCCUACGGGAGAGCGCCUGGCAGUUGGGGAGUUUCGUCGGCGGGGCGUGGGUGGAGGGGUGCCGCAUGAGAAUGAGUUCUUCCGUUGGAGAUUGCGUGUAUGCCUGCCUCACCGGGUCGUUUCCUGCUUUUUGUUUACACGGGAUACCCGGCCAUUUCCUUUCGCUGCUUGGGCCCGGCUACGUCAAAGGUGCAGGACAGGUGCCUUGGAAGCCACAGUUAUGGUGGGGUGUUUUCCCGCUGGCGGGGUUGCACACCGUACGUUACCCCCCGGCAACCUUACCUCAGCUCGGAGCCGCUUUCGGACUGUUUCCCGCUCUGUGCAAGUUCAGAGGAACACCUCGGAAUCGUUCCUGGCCAGAAAGUUGGCCAAGUCUUGGUUCUGGGGCUGUAUCGAGAUCUCCUGACAGGCAACCGUUGCUGCACCUCUACUCUGCCAGGAACCGCAGGAAGCAGGAUGGACCCAGCAACACCAAGGGUCACCGCCGGAGUGGCGUCCUCGCCGCACCACGACCAAGGCGGCAUAGGCAACAGUUCCGGCAGGCCUGAGACCAGAGCUACAACUUCAUAGACACCCGCCGAACGAACAGUAGUCAUUGACCCCUGGAGCACGACCGGACUCGAACUUAAGAUGGCUCCUCUAGGUUUUCCACUUACUGCCUGCCAAUGGGAGGAGGAUCUUGUUGAAUUCAGCUUAGAGUCUGCGUAGACCGGUUGACAUGAUGGCUAAGUCAAGCACGACGAACAGUGGGAGAAUGUGAUAGGUUAAAAACAUUAUCAAUUUGUAUACUAUCUAGGAGAAACAACGAACUGCGGCCUCGUUGCAGGAGAUUGGCCAACAUCCUCAUCGCUACACCAU